CCAUUGGCCACAGCUCCGCCAGCCUCUCCCCACCCCGGCUUUGGUGUUUCUUCACUUCUUGACUCACCCACCAAGUCCGGUCUUUCUCUCCCCCUCGACAUCCCCCAAUGCUUUCCCAGCUGCUCGCGUCAGACUGGUCGACGUUCGUGGAACUCAGGUGCCGGUGAUGAUCAGCCGUGGCGCUGGACUACGCCAUCACCCCCUUCGAGCCCUCGUCACGCGACCCGCCCUCCGCCAUGUCCAGACGAAAGCGGUGACGGACGGCGACAUUGCUCGCUUCGCCUCCCAACCCCUCCACCCCCUCACCCUCGCCGACCUCUGCAAACAUGGCCGGCCGCCGCUGUCGGAGGAGAGCCUGCUGCACAGCGCCAACUUCACCCUCAGCAUCCUGCCCUCGCGCCUGGCGCACCGCAUCCAGAGUCUGAGAAAUUUGCCGUACAUUGUCGUGGCCAACCCCAACGUCAACAAGAUCCAUGGCAACUACGUCCACUCGCUGUCGACCAUCAUGCCGUACGCGGAGAAGAGGAUAGAGACGCUGGAAGACGAGGUCAAGUUCACCGACGCCGUGGCGGAACUCGUGCAGACGCAUAGCAACACCAUUGCCGUGCUCGCCAAGGGCUUUCUGGAGGCGCGCAAGUACAUUUCCGCCAAACAGGUCACCGACUUCUUGGAUGAACACCUCCGCGCGAGGAUUGGUACUAGGUUGAUUGCGGAACAGCACAUUGCGCUGCACGUCAGCAGCCAGCCGCACAAGGAGGCAAACAAAAACGACUCCCAAUAUCACGCCCCGGAUGGCAGUACCUAUAUUGGCGUCGUGGACACGGCGUUGAAGGCGGCCAGUCUCAUUCGGACGUGCGAGAACACGGUGGGCGAGAUUUGCGAGUUGAAGUACGGCGUGCGGCCGACGGUGAAGAUUAUCGGCCAGCCCGAGACCACCAUCGCACACGUGCCGAUGCACAUCGAGUAUGUGUUGACGGAGUUGCUGAAGAAUAGCUUCCGCGCGACCAUCGAAGCGGGCAUGGAACGCGAGCCCGUCGAGGUCACCAUUGCUCCAUCCGCAAGCGAGACGCAAGCAGCCGCGGCGCUCAAUACAGCCACAGAGUCGGCCAAGCCCGGCAAAGUGUCGAAGAAGCUGGCUGCGGUCAGCAAUCGCGACCAAGGCUUUGUCGAUCUCUCGGCUGGUCCCAAUGACACGAACUCCAACAUCCGACCGCUUGCGCAGAGCACGCCGGGAGUGACGAUCCGCAUUCGCGAUCGCGGCGGGGGCAUCAGCCCGGACGUCUACGACAAGCUGUGGAACUACGGCUUCACGACGUUCAACGAAGAUGAAAUCCAGGAGAAGGUGUCCGGCGGCGGGCAAGGCGUGAUGGCGCUGGACGUGAUCAGUGGCGGCGCCGGCGGAGGAAGUAGUUUGGCUGGGUUGGGUUAUGGUCUCCCGCUGGGCAGGGCGUACGCCGAGUACUUUGGCGGGGGCAUUGCCGUACAGAGCCUGUGGGGAUGGGGCACGGAUGUCUACUUGAGCCUGCGAGGCGUGGGCAAGAUAUGAGCAAGAAGACGUCGGGGGUGGAAUAUUGAAGUGCACACGUGCCAGCCCAAUCCGUGGUUGGACAUGCGUAUCCUCCAUCUCUGAAGAACUCGGCCCACCAUACACAUUUCCAUAGCCAUAUAUCAUGUCUGAAUGUAUUAUCCGUCAAAC